GCCGCCUACAUGCACUAGACUACUCAUCCUCAGCAUCCUCGGUAUCACGAUCACACUAUACCCUACCUCUUCUGACCUCUGUUGCUUGCCUCACCAUGCCGACACACGGCAAGGAGGCCAAGAAGGUCAAGAGCUGGCUCGCUCACGCCGACGAUGGGCAGGAAGACCCCUACGACUCAGACGCAGACGAGAUGGCGCCUUCUCACUCUCGAGGUGACGCUCAAACAAGAGGCCUCCCCGACCCGAACGAUGAUUGGGAAGAUUUUGUGGAGCAAGCAAGAAAGAGAGCCCUGCUAUCAAGUGCAAGGGUCAGGGAAGAGACGUGGACGGAGAUCACGGAAGUCGUUACAGCAAAUGACGAGGGAGAAGACUGUUUCGCGCCUACGUCUGCGCAGAGGGGCGAUCUCGUCCGCCUAGCAUUGCAGACACAGCCGCGCUAUAGUGAUCGUCCUUCACGCCUACUAGUGCUACAAACGCUCUCGCUCAUUCUCCGGCAAGAUGAAGCUGCCAUGCCAGAAGGCUCCCAGCCCGCCACCUCACUCGCUGUCAAGACUGCAGUUGCUCUGCUUCACAAGGAGACCGAACGCGUGUGCAGAGUGGGUCCAGCAGGCAACUACGCGACUGCGCUCAGUCUCAGAAUAUCGCUCUUUGCUUUCAUCUGCUGCGUCUUCUCAGUAUGCGCUAGAGUGAAGGGCACCGCAUCGCCUGUGUGGGGACCUCUCGUGCAGAUGACAGCGCUGUCUUUCGACGCCAUAGCUGGCGAAGAGGAGACUCAGAAGAGGAAACCUGGUACAAGGAAUGCUCUCGUGUUGGCGAGGAGGACCAUUCGGCAAGCUCACGAAGUCAUUCCGGCCAUCAUUGAGACCAUUACGUCUGCCCCAGCUUCUGCAUCGUCUCUCCGCAUGACUCCCUUGCUUGGUCUGGUCUGCGACGUCGCUCUUCGCCUACGGGCGGGUUCUGAACAGAAAAAGGGCGCUCAAGACGGCGUAGGCAGGAGCUACCUACGCUCCAACCGAGAGAAGAUACUCGGUUUCUACAAUACUCAUGUGCUGCCCUCGAAGCAAGCUGUCCCAGCCCACAUCUGUCUCGCCCUUCGGGAUUUCAUCGGCGAGGAAGUGACAGAAGAUGAUGUCGUCACAAAGAUCCGGCCGACUAUGGAGAAGCUGCUCAUAAGAUCGCCAGAAGUCUCGUUGCCCAUCGAAUCUCACUUCUUCGAAUGCUACGCAGGAGAUGUCGGCCCUCACUUCCAAGCACUUCUACCUGGUAUUAUCUCGUCAUCAAAGUCUUCGGUAGCGACCACUCGAGCAAAGGCCGUAUCCGUCGUUGGGACGCUGGCGUCACGAUCGCGGUCAGCUGGGCCCAAUAAGGCUGUUGCCGACGAGCUGCUUGCCUUGAUCAAGUCUGGCAAGACGAGCUCAGCUGACCAGCGAGCAGCUCUGUACGAGAUGCUCGCUGUCCUUCCGUCGAUGGAUUCGGAGCAGAGCCUUUCGGUGGCAGAAACGAUCGCUGGCUUACUGACGAAGGAGGCAACGAGCGAAGUCACUUUGAGGCAAGCUCUGGCUGCCUUGCUGAAGUACUUGGGCGCCGCUCUGUCCAGCACAGCAGAGGCUCCAGCUGCAAAAUUGCAGACGAUAGGCCAGGCUUUGAGCAAAGAGAUGCAGAAUAGCAAGGUCCCCAUCAGAAAGCUUGCUUGUGCCUCCAUUGGAGAAGCAGUGUGGAGCUGGGAGGCAAGUGGAGGUCAGAGCGCUGCAGCAUUGGCUGAUGCAAUGCUGCCUGCAUUCGAGCUCAAUCUGAAGAACGCUAGUACCAAUACUUUGACAAGUCCAGCAGGACCUCUCGAGGGCUAUGUUGCGGUUGCUUUGGUAGAAGGGCCUCUCUUCGGCUCGUCGAAAGUGCAGACUCUGGUCUCACAGAAUGCUACGCUGCAGGCUCUCCUUGCUAGCGACCCGAAGCCAUCCUUCCUACUCUCCGACAAAGUGCAUCGCAAGUUCAGCUCCGAGGAGGAAGAACUCUGGCUGGCCAGAGCGCUGCAAAGCUGUGUCCUGCGGAGAUAUACUCAGAUCGAGAAAGAUCAGGCUGCCGCAACUGCAAUCUCUCACGCUUUUGCUCAAGUUGGCCUACUUAGCCGGAAUCACAAGAUUGGGCGGGAGAUCCAAUCGGUAGUUGCAGCAUGCGCUCGUGCCCAGCCUCUCUUCACGAGCAGCCUUGUACAGACAGCCGUCUUGGGCUGGGCAGAAGGGUCGGCGGGCGUUAGUGUAAUCACUAACGACGAUGAGCUCCCACGCGAUAUGAGCAAGCCUAUCAAAAACCUACUGAUGGCAGCGGUGACACUAGAAGAGACUGCCGAUCCUUCAGUAAAAGCCUCAGUCCUUGAGCGCUUGCUCAUCUGCGCCCAUCUUCCUCAGCUCAAAGAUACCAGAAGAACAACCUUCGAGCUCCUCUGCAAGCAGGCAAAGGUGCAGGCGCGAGCUGCAAUCGAGGCUUCUCUCCCCGAUCUGCUCCGGACAUGUCGAACGGCAUUGUCGAAUGCGAAGCUCCAACCUGCGGCUCUGGCGAGUCUGUCGACGCUCAGCACUCUUGCCCCCGAGUCAGCCAUUGCAGAACUCGUGGGUGAUGUCGAGUCCCUCGUUCGACCCGAUCAGCUUCGUACAGUUACUUCCGACGAUCUGGGCAUCCUCGCCACGCCGGCCGACACGACAUACAUCGAUGUACUAGCAGAUGGGAAAGAUUCGACCGCCAAUGUCGACAAGAAUCGAAAGGACGCAAAGAUAGAGCAAUGGGAGGCCGAGCUGCGAGCCGAUCUGGCCAAGAAGAAAGCCGCUCAGACCAAGACCCUCACCAAGGAGGAAAAAGCAAAGGUUGACGCUCAGCUCAAGGUCGAGGCAUCAAGGAGAGCUGAAGUCGCGUUGCUGCAGACCGAUCUGAAGACAGCCAUGCAGAUCAUCGACUCUCUGGUCGUCGCUCGCUCAGAAGAGCUCGACUCCUACCUUCCUUCACUUGUCCGUCUUGUGAGAGAGGUGCUAGAAUGUCCUCAAGCCCGUCAACUUGCCGAACAACAAGUUUUGUCUGCCUUUACAGCGCUUUGCUCAUGUUCCUCGCCGCGUUUGGCAGAGUACAAGCUGUUCUUGAGGAUCGUCCUGCUGCGGACCAUCUCUGAUGACCUCGUCUCGGAGGAUUUCACAAUGGAGUCUCUGCGUGACCAGACGCUACGGAUUCUAUACCGCCUGCGAUCUUUGUCCGAGCAAGAGCCUCUUGACCUGGCUUCACUUGCAGUCAUCAUGCCAUUCCUCACCCUCGUCAUCUCUCGAGGUGGAAUCGAGGUUAGCGCACAAGACGAUCCCGAUGGCGUAUUGGAGCAGAUGCAAUUGGCCAUGGAUGUCAUUGACUUCCAUGCUGGUUCCUGUGAAGACGUUCGCUUCCCUCGUGGGGAGAUGAUCCACGAUCUGGUCACCAUCGUUGCUAAGCACUCCAAGCUGGCCCGCGAUGCUGUGGGAGUUUUGCGGUCUUUGGGAGAAGCAAUGAAGGACUCAGCUCUUCCGGCUGAGAUCGACUCUCUGCUGAAGCAUGUCCUCGCACAGGAGACGUAUGUGAGAUUGGGGGCUCUACAGGCUAUUCAGUCGCUCGACUUGACCGAACUGGAUUACAGCCCCGAGCUUUGGCUCGCUUGCCACGAUCCCAACGACUCCGAAAACGCUCGAUUGGCCUUCAAGGCUUGGGAGGAGAACGGCCUGGAUCUGCCUCCUGUCGGACUCUCUGCUUCCCUCCUGCCAUACCUGGAAGACAGUCGAGCCUACGUCCGCCGAGCCGCUGGUCGCGCAUUUGCAGGUGGUGUUGCUGCGCACCCUGAAACUCUGGUCGAGGUUUUGCAAGACCUGUACAGCUUGUACAGAAAGCGAAAUGAGGUGCUUGUGCCAGAGUACGAUCAAUUCGGCAUGAUCAUCGAGAGCACGCGGAACCGACAGGAUCCCUGGCAUAUUCGCUCUGCCAUUGCUCAAACCUUCAGCGACCUUGCGGAGCUACUUCAGCCCACCGAUCUCGAGCCUUUCUUCGAGUUCCUCAUCAAGGACGAAGCUCUGGGAGACCGAGAAGACGCUGUUCGCCAAUACAUGCUUGAUGCCGGGUCUUCAGUCGUCGAUCUACACGGCAAGGAGAGGCUGAGCGCUCUCAUUCAGCGCUUUGAGUCUUUCCUCGCAUCGCCACCUCCUCCAAGUGAGGCUCUGGACGGUGUGCUCGAGGCUGUGGUGAUCCUGCUAGGUCGAUUGGCCCGUCACCUGGCGUCCGAUGACAAGCGUAUCUCCUCCAUUGUGGAGCGUCUCCUCGAUGCUCUGAAGACUCCAUCCGAAAUGGUGCAAAUCGCAGUCGCUGACUGUCUGCCCGCUCUAGUCCCCGCCAUCAAGGACGACGUGCCUCGUCUCGUCGAGAGACUGUUCAAUGAGCUGCUUCUAGGCGCCAAGUAUGCCGAGCGCCGUGGAGCUGCCUAUGGUCUGGCAGGUAUGAUCAAAGGCCGUGGUAUCUCUGCUAUUGCCGAGUUCAGGGUCAUGCCCCGUCUGGCCCAAGCCGUCGAGGACAAGAGCAGCGUAAACGCGCGACAGAGUGGUGUGGAAUGCUACGGUAUCCUGGCUGCUACCCUCCGGCGUCUCUUCGAGCCCUACAUCAUCGAAGGAGGUGUCAUCCCUCAGCUGGUCACAGCAUUCGGUGAUACUAAAGCUGAAGUGAGAGAGGCAACUGAAGAGACUGCAAAGGUCAUCAUGCAGCACGUGUCCGCCUACUGCGCCAAGCUGAUGAUGCCCACCCUGCUAGAAGGGCUGGAGGAGAAGCAAUGGCGAACCAAGAAGGGCGCGAUCGAACUGCUGGGUGCUUACUCGUCUGCAGCGCCCAACCAGCUGGCUGCCGCUCUGCCCACUGUCAUCCCGAGGCUGUCUGGUGUCCUAUCGGAUGCCCAUCCCCAGGUGAGGGCUGCUGGUAACCGCUCACUCAAGCAAUUUGGUAUGGUCAUGAAGAACCCAGAGGUCAAGACCAUGGUGCCAACACUUCUUGCAGCACUGGUCGAUCCAACUUCAAAGACGGCUCCUGCGCUUCACAAGCUCCUCUCUCAGACCUUUGCUCAUUACCUCGAUGCUCCGUCAUUGGCUCUGGUCGUGCCCAUCGUCGAUCGUGGUCUCCGAGACCGAUCUGCUCAAGUUCAGAGAGAUGGUGCCAAGAUUACUGGUAAUCUGGCAAGUCUGACGGAUGCAAAGGACUUAAGAGGUCACUUGGCCCGACUCAUGCCGCUCAUUCGCAAUGUCCUUGUUUCUCCUGUGCCUGAGACACGAGCAGAGGCUGCCCGCGCUUUGGGUGUGCUGGUUGAGCGUCUUGGUGAGGUGCAAUUCCCGGACUUGGUGCCCUCGCUCAUGGCGCAGCUGCGUGGCGCGAACGUUACUGGUGUCGAUCGUCAAGGUGCUGCACAGGGUCUGUCGGAAGUGCUCGCCGCGCUUGGUAUGGACCGAUUGGAAGCUCUGCUGCCUUCCGUCUUGGACGCUACUUCCAGCCCGCUGGCUCAUGUUCGAGAGGGUGGUAUCGCCUUGCUCAUCUAUCUGCCAGGCACCUUCGGUACGGUCCGAUUCGGUCCAUACGUCAGUCGAAUCGUUACCCCUAUCCUCAAUGGUCUCGCCGACACUAGCGACAGUGUUCGUGACAUGUCCAUGAGGGCGGGUCGAAUGAUCAUCGGAAGCUUCUCCACCGCUGCUGUUGAUCUGCUGCUGCCAGAGCUGGAGGCCGGUAUGUUCGACGAUACUCCUCGUAUCAGGGUAUCUAGCUUGCAGCUCUGCUCUGAGCUGCUCUUCAGGCUCAGUGGUAUCUCGGGCAAAAACACACUCGAGGGCGAUGAUGCCGAUGCUGAAGGCGGUGCUGCUCCUGAGGAAAGCAUUGUGGUCAGUAACUCGGUGCAAGCAAGACUUAAGCAUGCUCUCGGCGAGGAGAGGUUCAGCAGGACGAUGGCUACAGUCUUCUGCUUGCGUCAGGACCCCGCCUUCAAUGUACGAGACGCUGCUGCUAGCACUUGGAAGGCGAUCAUUGUCAACACUGCCAAGACCAUUCGUGAGCUUCUUACGAUGAUCAUCGAUCUGGUCAUUCGCGCCCUAAGCACGGACGGAGAGGAUCAGAGAGAGAUUGCCUCUCGCACACUCGGAGAGCUUACGAGGAAGCUUGGUGGGUCAGUCCUCGAGUCCAUCGUACCACUGCUGCAGGAACGUGGAACCGAUGCUGGCUCCUCUGCAUCUGUGCGAGCUGGUGUCAUGUUGGCUGUUGAGAGCUUGCUAGAAAAUGCCACAGAUGUGCAGCUGGAGGACCAUCAAGAUGCGCUCAUUGGCGCUGUCCGACACGGGCUGGUGGACCGUUCACCGGUCGUGCGUCAAGCUGCUGCGUCUGCAUUCGACGCUCUGCAAGAUUCGGUCGGUCAGAAGGCCAUUGAAGCUAUCAUCCCUACUCUGCUUGGUGCACUGCAACACAGAGGUGACAGUGGCGCAGACGAGUCUCUGGCAGAUACUUCUCUCGCUGCUCUACGAGAAGUCAUGAAGAACAAGGCAGACGUGGUCUUCCCUGCUUCUCUACCUACACUUCUGGUGCAGCCUAUUUCCGCUUUCAACGCUCGAGCACUGGGAGACUUGGUUGGCGUCGCCGGCAAUGCCAUCAACCGCAAAGUGGGCACCAUCCUCAGCGCUCUCUCGCUCGCUCUGGAAAAAGAAGACGAUGAAGAGGUGCUGGAGGCCAUCAAUGAGUCUAUCGAGAACGUUCUGACUGCUGUGAGAUCCUUCGAGGCUCUCCAUCAGCUCAUGAUGUUCCUCCUCGGGUGGGCUGGAGAUGUCGAGAAAGAUCGUCGCAAGAUUCUGCACGCUUGCCGCUUCUACACCACCUUUGCCACGAAUCUGGCAGAGCGCGGUGGUGGGCGUGCUAUGGAAGACUACAAUGCGGAUUGGCUGAGGCGUCUGGUGUCACUGCUCGACAACCGUGAUUCUGUCAUUGUGGAUGCAGCCUUGCCAGCUCUUGCGGCUUGCGUUGAGACGAUGGAAGAUCCUGAAGAGCUCGUCGUCUCCCUUCGUCACGCCCUGUCGAGCUUGCCCGGCGAGGUAGCCGGCCUAGCAAAGAAGGAAGGGUUCGGCAGCUGCUCUGCCGUCUUCUUGGCGGGUCUGAUGAGCGGAACGGGAGAGCAGAAGGAGCAAGCUGCCAUCGGUCUGGGUAUCCUGGUGGAGAAGGCCGAUCCCGUCGCCAUCAAGCCGUUCGUGACUACUGGUCUCGCUGGCCCACUCAUCCGAGCCUGCGGAGAGCGACAUGCAGCCGCUGUCAAGGCUGCAAUCCUAUCGACGCUCGACAUCUGCCUCAAGAGGAUUCCUCAGCAUCUCAAGCCUUUCUACCCUCAGCUUUCGCGAUCUUUCCUCAAGGCUGUCAGUGACCCCACUGGACUUGCUGUGCGGAACCAGGCUGGUCUUGCUCUUGGAACCUUGUCGACCAUCCCGGGCACUCGUCUCGAUCUCAAUGCCCUGUUGACCAGCUCUCGAUCUGGUUUGAGCAGCGAGCCUUCCUCGAGUGACUAUCCAGACGGCUCGGCUCUUGCUCUUUCGCACAUUCUGCUGAAGAGCGAGCCUGGCAAUGCUCAGGUGCAUGCCGUCAAGGACGACAUCGUUGAUCUCAUCGACUCUGCCUUUGCAGGCAGUGAGGAGGAGCGUUUCAAGAUUGCCAUCGGAGAGGUUCUUUCGGGACUAGCGUUGCAUGAUGCAGCUGCAGCUCAGUCGCUGGUGGAGAAGAGGGUGCUGCCGACGGCUACUGACCCUCAGCUGGCGAGCUUGUGCUUGACCAGCUUGAUGGAGAACGCUGCCGAUAUUGCGUAUGGCUUUGGCCAUUCUUCGAAGAUGGCGCAGCUGGUGUCGGAGUUCAUCUUUGCUGGACCCACCAUCUCGAGGCCGGCGAGGGAGAGUCGGGAGCUGAUGAGGAGCAGAUCGCCGUGGGCUGCGGACGAUGACGUGAUUGCCAUCUUGUCCAAAUGAGUGGGCGGUGUAGGAGCAAGAGCAAUGUGACGCCUAGAGUGAGAAGGGCGUGGCGAGAAUUCUAUAGCAAUUGUACUUCUUCGGUGCCUGAGUCAUGGGCGCGCGCGGUGUUGGAUGGACCAUGACCC